UUAACGGCCGAAGGGGAGACCAGCCCUCUGUUCACUGACUUCUGCCGAGCAAAGCAGGUCAUAAACCUGGACCUGCUGGGCGGCAGGUCUCAUCCUGAACUCUGCAGUCGCCAAGAGGAGGGGAAGCAUGAGCUGAGAGCUUCAUUUGGACUUUAUUCUUCUUAUUUGAAAGUGUUCCCCUCUGCGGUCAGUCCGUCUCAGAUUCCUGCGGGGUUUUUGGACACCGGCCUCAGGAGCAGGAGCAGGGCUCUCCGGGACGCACACAUUCAGACACCCACUGGAGACACGAAACUGCGAUUUGGGGCCACAUGCCGAGGAAAUUCACAACUCCUCUGUCAAUAGCCGGGAGAUUCACUUCCCCGUGGGAAAUCGGGGCCAGCUUGGAACUGUGACGGAGCUCCCACAGACGAGAGGAAGAAAACUUUUGAGUGGAUGGAAGUGAAAAGGCUUCGGGCGGCCAGGGUGCACAUGAGCCGCGGGUUCGGCGUGGUGGAGGGCUCGGCCCUCGGACGGUGGACGGGGCCCCCAGGACCAGCUCGCACCGAGCAGCGGGCCGAGCUGGAGAAGGAGUUCCACUUCAACAAGUACAUGACGCGGCCCAGACGGGCGGAGGUCGCCGGAGCCCUCCGUCUCAGCGAGACGCAGGUGAAAGUUUGGUGUCAGAACAGACGCAUGAAACAGAAGAAGCUGGAGAAGGACUUUGCUUCUCUGCGAACUUCGGCCCGCGGUGCACGGGCGACCCUCCUCCGGACACCCGCCCCUCCGCCGGACCGACCCCAACAAACAAACAAGCAAACACCUGCCCCUGAACUCCUGAACUGCAUCGUACGUUAAACAGCGAGGGCGCCAGGCUGCAGACGUUUUCAUUUGCGUUUGCAUUGCUCUCAAUCAGGCUUUACCUUUAUUUGUUUACCAGCAUGGAUGAUAUUUGCGAGAAGCGCAAAGGCAGGUUUUUCCAUGCAAGAACGAUUGGAAACGAUUUGUCUUUCUCCCCAACUUCAGACUGGCGCUCUGAUUUGAAUAUUGAAAUUCAAGUCAUCCCAUUGCGCUCCUCUCUGCACAAUGUAAACGAAGAUACAAACUUAUUUAAUUGAGCGUAAAAGCCGUGGAAGCCUAUUUGUUUAUAAUGUUCAUUAUAUUUAGGCCACUGGUUUUACUUCAUGUAUUUAAUUAAACACGGCAAUUGUUACGUUUUUUUUAUUAUUUUCUUCCUCGUUUCAAAUAUACACAUAUUAAUGUCAUUAUAAUUUAGGUUUAAUUUGGUCGUACUUUAGAUGUUAAUCGUAUUGACAAACAACGCUUUUCAAUAUUUUCAGUAAGUUAAUCAAACCAAUGCUGUCCCAAAACAUUUUAAUUGAUUUUGUUUUAAUCUGUCUUAAAUAUUUGAGACUUGUCUUUUAAAGAGGUGAAGUGUUGGCAUAUGUUUUUGAAUAUUUGUUGGUUUUUAUAUGUUAAUUAAAAAACAUCUAUUAGCUUUUAAAAUUAUUUUUAAAACUGUAUUUUUCCCGUUUUAAAAGCUUAAUUGCCUCAUCUACGAAGAGAUAGGAACGCCAUUGACGGAUGGAUUUAUUGGCACGUAUUAGUAUUGAUCCGUGGUGAUCCAUGCAUUUGAGGCAGAAAUCUGAGAGAAUUUGUAUGCAUCUGUAACUGCGUGGUAAUGGGAGGCAGAAACAUCACGAUCGGGAGUUGUUGCGUCCUUUAUUACCCCGAUACACGCACUUGGAGGAAAAAAAAGAUAAUUUGGCUCGAACACUCGUACGGGAGAACAGACAAUAAAAAGGAUGUCGGUGAUGUUUUGCAGAUCGACCAAUAAAGUGUGUGGCCCCAGCAGUUCGAGCAGCUAAAUACUCCUCCCUGAAUCACAUCUCAUCUCAUAUAAAGUAAAUGAUUGCAAACACGGCCCUUAAACACUGUUUUGCUCCCGUUAUCGCACUGAGUUUCUGUCAUGUUAACGUCUAUUAUAAUAUCAAGCUAUGGGCCAUCAGCCACAUUAAUUCCCUAAAAGGGAAUAUUUUUGCUUAGCUUUCAAUUAGCCUAUUUGCACUGCAUAUGAAUGUUGAACCAGAGGCAAUCAUAACAAAGGAACCAAACGUGGUUUGAAACAAAGUGCAAUAAUAAAAUAUUUUUUAAAGGUGCGUUUCAAAUAUUGGAUAUUUGUUUUAGGGAAAUUUAGGCGAAUAGGGAUUUGCUGGUGAAAAAGGAAUAGUUCUGCUACUGCUUUGACAAUUGCACCUCUAUAGGGUAAAGAGUGAACAUGAGGGCUGCAAGGCCAAGCUAAUAUAUGCAGUUACACCAGAGUUCAACUCUCACCUCCUGACCCUUGUCUUGCCUCAGGACAACGAUGACCCGGUCAGUGGCUCAUGGAGAGAAAGAUACACCAUUAAUUUGGGUGACCUCCAAGUGUGAGCUUUUUCUUUCUUUCAUUUUUUUUUUCUCAAGCAACUCCCAAUUCUUUUGUGUGGAUAUCUAAGUUCACACAACAAUGUCUCAUGAAGUUGAAUACUGAAGUGAACAGGCCCUAUGAUAAUCGUUCAUAUUAUAAUUUCAUACUAGCCCACAUGAUGCUUUUUUUCUGCAGCUAUAU